AUGGCCAACACGCGCCCGACCCUAACACCUGCCGCCUUCGCGUACAGCCGCGCGCGGCUCCUCGCGUCCAUAAUCGCCGCCGUCCUCGCCUCGUUCUCCGCCGCCUCCGAGUCGUCCAGGCUAAAGUUGACGCCCGAGAUGUUGUUGCUCCCCGCCCGCACGAGCGCGUCCAGCACGUCGCCCAGGAUGUCCAGGUCCCUCACCUUGACGUUCACCUCGUUCACCACGCGGUACCCCACCAGCUCGUUCGUGUUGUUUGGCCGGCUCUCGAACUGCGGGUUGACCCGGAAAAACCCCGUCUGGAUGUCCUUCUCCGCGAUCCCGGCGUCCUUGAGCACCUGCAGCACGCGCGCAAACCUGCGGUUGUUCUCCGAUAACGCCUCCUUUGCCGUCUUCGCCAUCGUCGUCACCCCGGUCGAUAUCGUCGCCAGAUCCGGCGGCGCGCUCGCACUGCCCUCCCCGCGUACGUUGAUGGUGCGCGGCGUGCGCUGCGCGAGCGCCGUGGGGAACGUUGCUAGCAUGAGCGCGGCGAGGACGAGAAGAGUCGGGAUUGUCAUGAUGGCAAGUGGGAUACUGUAG